GACCUCUUAGAAUUCUUUUCUUUUGCUAGCUAGCCACCCAAAAACUCUCGUAAAAAAUAUAAAAUAAAAUUAGAACCAUGAAGUGCAAUGAGAUAUCUCAUUUUAGCCACCCUCAACACAAGCUAAGAUAUGAAUACUCAGAAUUUCCAUUCAAAUGUGAUGGUUGCAAGGAAGUAGGCAUAGGGUCACGUUACAAAUGCACAAAUUGCGAGUAUGAUUUACAUAUGCAUUGUGCAAUUCCUUCUCCUUCAAUUACACAUCCAUUUUACACAAAGUGUUCUUUCCAAUUCCUCUCUCGUCCCCCGGGGAACGUGCCGCGAUACUGCAAUGCUUGUGAGAAGGAUAUUACUGGAUUUUUGUACCAUUGUAGGUCUUGUGGAUUUGAUCUUCAUCCAUAUUGUGCUAAGCUUCCUAUGGUGCUUGAUGAUGGGGAUGUCAAGCUUUACCUGUAUAGAAAGGCUACAAUUUGGGUUCAUCUGCUCAUCGUCUUCGAGCACCGCCGCACGACAUCGUUUUUUGAUUCAAAUUAUUGAGUUUCAACCUCAAUCUCUCACCGGUGUCUUCCCCAAUUUCACUAGCUGUUACGGCUUCUUCGGUAAUUCUUAAUUUUUUUUAAUUUUAAUAUUCUAAUCCUAUUUCUAUAUUUGCUACUGUUAGUUGCUACUUAAUUUUUAAUUUUUUUUAUCUGUAUAAAAGCUUCUUCUUUUUACGGCUGAUGUAUUUUUUAUGAUUUGAUGUGCUACUUGAUUUUUGAUUGUUAUCUAUGUAAAAGCAUUUAUUUUGUUCAUUUAAUUUGGUAUAAAGAUGAUCGUUUUCUUUUUUAUGUUGGUUUAUAAGUUCUAACUAAGUUCUUACUUUACGUCUUUACGACAGUCUCAACGUUCUGUGAAGAAUGUUUUUAUUGUAUUACUAAAAUCAAAUUUAGUCUCUCAUAUUGAUAUUCAAUCUAACCAACAAUCAAAUGCCAACCAUUCAAAAGUAGCAUUACCUUCUCAAGAAAAUGCUGAAGAAUUUGAUUUGAGUUCCUUAAAGUUUGAUCCGGGCGAAAGAAUCCCAAUAUUAAAAUAUCCUUCAAAGCAUCGUGAUCUUAUUAGAAGAGCAUAUCUCCUAAAUGGUCGCUAUCAACCCCGUCUCUGUCUCCAGCUUAAUGAGUAUCCUCAAACGGAUAUUUCUGGAUCAAUGCGUCGUUUUAAUCAUGAAUGGUUCGAUGAUGUGUAUCAUGAUUGGUUAGAAUAUAGCGUUAGUAAAGAUGCAAUCUAUUGUUUGUAUUGUUGUCUUUUUUAAAUAUAAUAACAUUCAUCAAGGUGGAGGCGAAGUAUUUUCAACUACAGGAUUUAGAAGUUGGAAUAAAAAGAAAGUUUUGAGAAGCAUAUUGGUCUACCAAAUAGCGUACACAAUCAGUCAAAGAAAAAAUGUCAAGAUUUAUUACGACAAAAA